AAGAUCCUCACACAAUUAUAUCAUUUCGUGUAUGUGAAAUCGUACAUACGCAUUACAGUGUUUUUAAGUAAGAACAUGGUGUACUGUUAUUAUUUAUUAACGGGAUUUAGAGCCUCUUUCUGAACGGGCCACAUGAUGGCGCUGUAAGGACAGUAAUACACCUCUAACGUAUCGUCAACAUCCGGCGACACGUCUCUGAGACACCCUGCUAAGCCUCUCGAUGCAUCUUUAUUUAUUUAAACCGCUUCAGACGCUUUAUUUAAAGGAAAUACUGUUUGUUUGACGCUUUCUUGCAACUUGAAAGCCAGUUUUAAAGUGUAGCUAACCGGGUUAGACAACGCCAAUGGGGGAGGUGAGGAAGCUGCAGAAGAAGUUGAGACAGAUUGAAAAUCUGGAAAUAAAAAUCAAUCUCACCCCAGAGGAAAGAUUCAAGAUCUCCAGGAAGGCGGAGCUUCGUUCCAGAUUGGCUGAGCUUCAGCUGCAGCUUUCUGGCCCGCAGCAAACUCUUGGGAUUGUGGGAGACGGAAAAAAGGAGAAGAUGAAAAGACAAGUGGAGGAUGUCCCUGAGGCCCUUCCAUCACAGACGCCUCCAGCCUCCAAGAUCCUUAAGGGAGAAGAGGAGUCCAGAGCUCAAGCAGCGCCAGCCCCGGCUGCCAGGCAGAGGAAGGCGGAGAUGGGCAGAGAGCAGGAAAGGACAGCGGCGGCCAAGGUGUCAGAUAACUGUCAGGACGUGUCAGGCGACUGCGCGGGCUCUGACGAGGAGCGGCUACUACGGCAGGAAGAAGCUGAAUUUACAUCCCUCAAAGCGUCGUGGGAGAAGGCGAAGUUUCGCUUGAGGCUGUUGCAGGGUCACAGUGACAUAGUCACCUGCGUGGUUGCUGUUGACAACCUGGUGGUUUCUGGGAGUCGAGAUACGACAGUGAAGGUGUGGCACGUUCCCACUGCAACAGAGCACAAGAACUUAGGAGGUCACACCGGCGGGGUCACCUGUCUGGCAGCACCUCCCCCUGCGUAUUGCAAGAGGCUGGCCUGGUCCCUGUCUUUGUCCGACAAAGAGAGGUUUAUCUUGAGUGGCUCAGUGGACUGCUAUGUGAAGAUCUGGGCCCUGAGUAUUGGGCAGUGUGUUAAGUCUAUCUACACAUUCAACGCUGUGACCGCGCUCUGCUUUGUGCCGGAGGAGGAUGGCUACAUCAUCACUGGAUCAGACGGGGGGAAAGUUCAAGCCUGGAGCUGGGACACUUUCCAAAACUGCCAGUCAGUCAAUGCUCACCAGGAAGCCGUCACCUCCAUCCAGUCUCAGGGUCCGCUGGUGUUCAGCGGCUCGGCUGAGGGAGGGUUGUCUGUGUGGGAGAACCGGGGUUCGGAUAGAGACCCCCUGAGGCUGCUGCACCACUGGAACAGCCAGGUGACAGGCUGCGGAGGGGGGGCGUGCGGGCGUCUAACCCUCAGCCCGCGGGGAGACAGAGUGUUCCUGGCUUAUGGUCGAGCCUGGCUCAAGAUCCUGCACUGGAGGACCGGAACGAUGACCAGACUGACCAAUCACAGCAGUAUCACCGGAGUAACAGAUUGUAUUCACCAGACGGGAGGCCUCCUAAUUGGAUCCUGCUACGAUCUGGCGAAUGGAGAGAGCAGGCUAAAUUUGUUCUCUCUGCCUCAGUGUCGGUACCUGGCCUCUCUGACCUGGCCUGACGCUCCCAGAAUCAUCUGCUUUGCGGCGUGGACCACUGGGAGCGGAGACCACCGAUGGGUCACCGGAGGUCAAGACCUCAUCGUUUGGGAGCAGCUCCCGAGUUCCGGGAGGCAAAGGGGUGAUGUCACAGCAAGGAUAGACAGUCUAAUGGAUUCCUGUUUACUGGAGUCAGAGGGAGACACUGAAGAUGACGAGGAGACUGAUGAUUACGAGGAUAACGACGAAGGCGGCGAUGAAGGAAAAGACAGCCGGUCCGCCGCCGCGGAGGAGGACGCAGGGUCCGGCUCGUGGCUCCGCUGCGCUCUCCAGUGAGCGCCGCUUUCUCCUGCCGAGAACACCGCGGCCUGCAGCCAUGAAGAGGAAAUGAGAGGGUGGGAGCGAAGUGACAGCGAGGGAGGGUGCAGGGGUGUGAAGUGUGACAGACCGAGUAUCAGUGUUGGAAGGAGAAAGUGAGCGAGUGUGCGUGUGAGCGCGAUAAGCAGAUUGUUUUCUGUGUAAAUAUUAUUUUCACAUACAAUAAAGCUGUCACACUGUGACUCUCACCAACAAA